AUGGACGGUCAGUUGCGCUCACCUUGUGGUGGGACGGCUGACUAUGAACAUGUCGAUGGCUGCCUCUCAAACCCAUGUCCAUCACAGUUUGAUAUCGAAGAUGAUGAUUUCCCGUACAACGAUCCUCAGUACACCGUCCCUGGCGGUGUCUCGCAAGAUAGCAACUAUGGCGGCUUUAUGGAUGAAUGGGCUUUGCUCGGGUCGGAGAACUUCUUUACAGAGGCUGACUACGGCAAUCCAAGACCGUACCCCGCGGAUAUCGAGACCGAGGGCAUCUUUAUGGCCGCCUUGUCUUUGACCCCGCCGUCCCAGUAUCCAUAUCCGCCGUUGGACCCCCGAGAGGCGUUGAAUGAUGUGCGCGACACCCUGUUACACCGACCCAGCACUCCGUGGAAUGCCGUUAACAUCGACCCAACUUUUCUCGCACCCCCGUCCGACUAUGCGUUCUCCAGCAGGUCUGUCACGCCUACCCACGCCGGCUAUCCGUACAGCCAGUCCGCUGAGGGGACCUCUCUUCCCCCUCGCCCUCCCUCCACGAUUGACGGCGUAAGCACCCGUAGCGACCACUCCAACACCUGCCCCCUUUGUGCUAAGAAGGUGAGCACGAGGAUGUUGCAGCGACACAACAGAGAGAUCCACGGCCCGGCCGACGAUCCGCGAUACGUGUGUAGAUGCGGCCGCCGGUCGCCGCGCAAAUGGAACCAUGAGCGACACUUGAAAGACGGCUGCAAGGCCAUGAACGACUACCCGCAGGGCCUCUUCACCUGCAUUUGCCAGCAGACGACGAACGACAAGCUGGCCCAUCAACGCCACAUCAAGAACUGCAGCAAGAAACAAGCCGGCCGGCCCCGAAACAAUACCAGAAGCGUUCAGUGAAUUACACGUCGACGCCUCCGCAGUUCGCACCCAGUCCGCACCCAGGGGCCGGACUGCCUUCCUUUCCCCCACCUCCCCCCAAUAACCUGCAGCCCGAGAUUCUGGUUUACUAUCUUUUCCAUUCGUUGAAACUCCGCGGACGAGGCAGAUUUCAACUAGAUUUCACUGGCGCAAUCAAGUGAAUGCUUUACCCAAGUGAUGCACCGCCCUUCUUUGCUCAGUCGCCUCUUUUUCUUUCUCUCUUUUCCUUUUCAUUAUAUAGGUAGUCAUGCAAGAGCACUGGAUCUUCUUCGGGGUUGGGGGUUGGGGGGCGGAGCCUUGACUAGGUGCGAAAUGCGUCGCUGCUGACACUGACAGCGCAUCAACCCGCCGUGACAUAAACGAAGCCUUUUUUUUCCUUUCCGUGUUCU